AUGUCUCUCAACGCUGGUGGGGCCAUCCUUGCUGUAGCAUCUGCUGUCGGCCUCCUGGUUCUGUGGUUCAGACGCCCCACUCAUCUUCCUCCCGGCCCAAAGCCUCGUUUCUUCUUCGGGAAUAUCUACGAGAUACCUCGCUCUCACGCUUGGAAGGUCUACAUGGAGUGGGCUAAACGUUACGGCUCCGUCUUCAUGCUACGCGUCUUCAACCAGAAGAUCAUCGUGCUCAACUCGCAUGCGGCCGUGAUGGACUUGCUUGAGUCUCGCUCCUCUAUAUACUCAGAUAGACCCAUGCUUUGGAUGUACAAGGUGCUUGUCGACCGCCAAUGGGCCAUCUUCAACAUCACCGAUCGGCAUCCGCGCUUCAGGAUCUAUAGGAGAAUCCUCAACUCAGCUCUCAACCCCAAGAUCAUACAAGAGUAUCGCUCUCUUCAGACGCGCGAGGCCAACGCUUUGCUCCGACGGCUACACGAAUGCCCCACCGACUUCACUACUCACCUGAGACGCAACGCCGGCACCAUCAUACUUGAGCUUGCAUAUGGCUGGACUGUUCGGGGUGACGAAGAUCCUUUCGUCAGACUCAUAGAGGAUGGUUUCAAAGUGCAAGCCAGUCUCGUACGACCUGGGUCCUAUUACGUCGACAUCUUCCCUUGGUUGCGCUUUGUUCCCGCAUGGUUCCCAGGCGCGAGCUUCAAGCGCAAAGCCAAGGCAUACAAGGAGUUCUUCCAUGGCAUAGAUCGCGUCCCGCACGAUUGGGCGAUGAAACAGAUCAAGUCCGGGACUUACGUCGACUCUUUCACGUCUCGCAAUAUGCGACCUCAGGAUGGACCGGUGCCGGAUGCAGAGAUGGAAGAUAUCAUCAAAUGGUGCAGCAGCGCUCUCUACGCUGGCGGUGCUGAUACAACCGUCGCCGCCAUGACGACGUUUAUGUUGUGCAUGACCCUGAACCAAGACGCACAAGACCGAGCUAGGAAAGAGAUUGAUGCUGUCGUGGGCAUUGACCGUCUUCCCACUCUUGAGGAUCGCAAGGAUCUGCCGUAUGUUGAGGCCUUGAUUAAGGAAGUCUUUCGCUGGGCGCCGCCGGUCCCUCAGGGUCUUCCACAUAUGGUGAUACAAGACGAUCACUACCAGGGACUGCUCAUGCCGGAGGGCACGAUGAUAUUCGCCAACAUCUGGGCUCUCACGCACGAUCCUGAUGUAUACCCUGACCCGGACACCUUCAAUCCCGAGCGCUUCCACCACAAAGGUCCCGAAGAUACGCAGUUCGACCCAACGAGGUAUAUCUUCGGGUUCGGCCGGCGCGUCUGUCCUGGCGCACACUUCGCAGAGGCGUCUGUCUUCUUGAACAUCGUGAGCAUCCUAUCGGCGCUCUCUAUACUCAAGCCUCUGGACGACAAAGGCAAGGAGUACGAUCCGCCUUACGAAUACACAUCGACCGUCACAACUCACCCCAAACCCUUUCCUUUCCGCAUUCUGCUUCGUCCUCAUGCACGCAGUUUGCUUGACUUGAAUGACUAA